AAGUUUAGUCUGUGGAAUUCUAAGAUUUAUAAGGGAAUAUGAAAGUCUAGGGCUCCAGGGCGUAUAAAUUAGAGAGUUUAUCCACCUGCAACUCACAACUUCCACAUAGCAGUUUCAAAGUACACUUGGAUAAUUUGACCACAGACCGCGUCCAACCCAAACUAGAUCCAGCCACCAACAGCGCUACCGUCUUUCCCAAGAGUCCUUCGGCACAUCUUCUUAAGAUCUGCUUCUCGCGAUGUCGCACAGCCCGCCAGACGUAGCAGUCCGCAGCGAGCCCAGCCGUGCUCGAUGCAAACCUCUUGAGAUGUUCUCUCUCUUUGCGACACUCCCCAUUGAACUUCGGCUCAAGAUUUGGGGUCACAUUUUACCAGGACCUCGAGUCAUCGAAAUUGAGUGGUCCAGACAAUGCAACGCGUGGCAGUUCACAUCCGAGAGCAAGCCAAGCAUGACUCUUCUUCAUGGUGUGAACAAGGAGGCGAGAGGGGAGUUCUUGGGAUCAUAUACAGCAAUCUCCCUUGAAGAUAGAUCAUUUUCCAUUUUCCAGCUCGGGGCGCGGCCAGCAUUACCAUUUUGUUGCUUUUUCAACUUCGAGCAAGAUACUCUGUACAUUGCGGCAUCUACAGAUAUCAGCCACCCAUACGUCAACUAUUCAAUGGAUCGACUUAGCACCAUCGUUUUCCAGGGAUGUAAGCACCUUGCGGUUCAAGGAGAGACUUUCUGGAGCAGAGAAUUCGAGGCCGGACAACCAUACAUCAUCACACCUUUCACCCAAAUGAAGGCCGCGAAGCUAGCAAGUCUAUUGGCAAGAUUUUCAAGCCUCGAGACAUUGAGCGUAGUCGUUGGCGAUGACUAUAGCCAGGCAUUACACAUUCUUGGUCCGCCCAAUAACAAGCCGCAAGGAAUUGUUAAAUUAACUGAUUUGACCUGUGGGCGCCCUUCGACGAGCAACUUUGUUGGUGCAAAAGAGCAAUUUCUGGCAUGGAUGGAAUUCCUACGCAGCCAUUUCCCUGAGGUUUCAUCGGCAGAUUUGGCUAUCAAGCAGGCUUUGCGGGGAGGAAACCUCGACGUCAUUGAUGUAUGGGGCAUAUUGGACCACGAAAGCUCUUGAAUACGAGGCCAUGCGUCGAGGAGGGCCGUCAUUUUGAGGUCAUGGGAGGAAGGAGGGUUCCUACUAGGGAAAAAAAAUCCUCGUAAUUCUACAAGCGCGCCGCUACCAUACAAUAUUCAACCCGGCGGAGGAUGAUAAGGUUUCGGGCUAUGGGACUCUGGAGAUUGCCAUUAUACUUCUGCAAUAAAAUACCAAUACUGCGCAAGGCUUUCAGACUC